AUGGCCUCGUUGUACCUUCCAGAAUUAUUCGUGCCACUUUCCAGUGUCAAUCCGGUCACAGGAUCAGGAUCUCAGACGCGCCUUCCUAUCCGAUUUUACUCGGAUUUCCCACUGAACGGUACCAUCUACUUCCCACUCCCAGCCCAUGACUCUAUUCCUCCUCGCGCCCCUCUCGUUGUCUCACCUGCCUUUCAAGCCAUUCGGUUAUAUCACCCGAAUGACCAGCCCCACAAGCCGAACCCAUCAAUUUCGUCUGAUCUUUUGCCCCCUUUCGAGUCAUCUGGAGUCCCCUGCUUCGAGAUGCCGUGGUCGGACCAGUGCGGUAAGGUCAUGAAGAAGCCCGGAGAGUACUCCAAAAACCCCAAUACCAUCCGUGCCCGCGCUCGAAAGGCUCGCCUCACCCCAUUCCGUCGAGAGAUCGAGCAGGCGAAGGCCUCUGACUCCAAGGCCAUUACCCGCGCCUGGAAGAUCCGCACCGAGACUGAAGCCUACAAGAUGGCCAGUGCGGGCGACCGGAAGGCCAUCCUCGAGAAAGUCGAGCAUGAUGUUAUGCAGCGUCGUCGAGAGAAGGGUUACGACGCCGAAACAAAGAUCAACCGGUUUCUCCAGCAGCACGGCAGCGACAUUGAUUCUUCUGCAGCCCCUUCUACGCCCACCAUGGACAGUCACUUUGACCAACGCAUCAAUAUGGGAACGCCUGCUUCUCAGGGUUAUCCGAUGCAGCCCAUGGCCCCAAUGGCCCCCAUGCAGGGUGUUCCGCUGGCCAGCCAGGCUGGCAGCCGCUUCGCCACCCCGGGUUCUUUCUUUCCGCAUGUCAUGUCCAGUGCUGAGAGCUCCAGAGCUGGCACACCCCGCGGUCCUCCCCCGUACCAUCAGGGCCAGUACAUGUACGGCGCCGGUCAUGACGGUGCCGAGGCUUCCGCCCGCUACCAGAUGGAGGCGGCAUCAGACGCCAUGAGCCGCGCCCAUCUGAUGACCAAGGUCAAGGAGCUCGAGAAGACGGUCAAGGGCCUCACCGAUGACCUAGUCCUUGCGAAGAGCACCAUAUCUUCUCAGGAGAAGCGCAUGGCUGACCUUCAUGAGCGAAUGCUCCUCUUUGACGGCACUGCCUCUGGCAUGAGCAACGCCGAGGCCGAGUUCGCCAAACAGGCUGGCAAGCUGCGCAAUGUCGUCAACGGAGUUCAGACCCUAGCCCAAGUAGCUGCCAAGAUCUACGCAGACCUCGCCGACGGUAGCGUUCCGAGUGGAAGGGUCAGUGUUGACCAUGGUGUUGUCGAGUACACCAAGGACGGCGAUGCCCAAGGUAUCAACGGGUACGGCGUUGAUAAGAAUGGUAACAAUGAUGACGCCGUGGACGAUGUCCAGGAUGCUGCCGGCGCUACUCGUGUCAGUGGUGGCCAGGAGCAGCAUCACGGCUUGGACUCUCCAGAGUAA